GUCACAUUUCUGUUGAAUACACGUCUACGGCUCCCAGGAGCUUGCGCCGAUUUGUUCUCGACUGGCCACUAUCUUUUCAUCGACCCUUUCCCCUCCUCCAUCUCUUCUAAAAUGCAGAACACUGACAGGAUCGACUUUCGCUCUGUUCCAUCCCAAGUUAACCUCGAAGAAACACUCGAACUUCGUUUCCGUUCGGUUUCCAACUCCGCAGGGUCUUUUGUUCACGCGGAUCCGGGCUGAAUACCGUGGAUACCCACUCCUGGAAUCCUGGAAGCGAUUCAUUUCAUAUCCGGACGAUUCUCAAAACACUGAAUCGUGCUUGGCACGGCUGCUGAAAUUGGUAACAAGCUCGAUAGAGAGUUCGCUCGAUUUGCAUUGACCAGUAUCUCCACUUUUGCCGCUGGCCAAGGCCGAAUUUAGCAGGAACCUGUCCAUGGCGAACUCACUGCAUUCGCGCUCUUGCAACGGUGGAUUUUCGACUCUGUUCGAUGAGGAGCAACAAUCGACGAGAUGGAUGGACAUUGUGCUCCCUAUUCCCAAAUUAAGGCCUUCUCUGAGUGUGCGCGGGAUAAAUCCUGCCCGAGAUCGAGACAGCAAAUUCGCAGAAGAGCCUCCGACAAAGAAGUCGAAAGUGAUGACUUCACGUCCGCAUCAAGUGGUCAAUUUACACGAGUUUAAACUUUACGAAGUUACCAACAAGGCCUUCAUCAUAUCCGGAUUGCGUCAGAUUUAUGACAAUAGCUUAGAGCAUGGUGUGUCCCUUUGGAGCACGGAACAAAACUGCCCGUAUAGCAAAACUAGUUUAUGGUUCCAAAACUGCUCUGUUCGGGAAGAUUCGUCUGCAUUUGUGCCAACCAGUCUUUAUCAGCGUGCUUGCCAAUUGGACAAGGCUCUGGCGCACCUUCGAACACGACCCCUAACUGCUGCUGAGGACGCUGGCUCUGCAAGGUCGCUGAAACUUGCUGUUAUGGCUUUUGCGAGUCGCUGGUCUCGGGCCCCAGUUACGUCUCUCCAUGUUGAGAACCCCUUUCAUACCGGAGAAUCUACCUUGGAGAAUGUCGUCUCUCAGGAGGAGAUGUCGGAGUCCAAUGAUUUUGAGCAUCUCCUUCAACAGAGUCUGUACACCGCAGCGAUGACGUCGAUUCAGCGAUGGUCAAAAUGUGAUUCUUUUAGGAUGAUUCUGGCCCAAAUCCUCGUGUUCUUUAUCAAAAGACCUCCAGAUGAGAACGACGUGGUCGAAAUCCAAAACCUUUGGGCCGAGCGGAAGCGAUGCGGACACUUUCAAGCGGAACCUGGAGCUGCGAGUGAAAUUAAUAAGUCAACGCAUUAUCCAGAGUCGCGCGCAACCUGUUCCGACCCUCUCACCGCGGCAGAUAAUUUCACGACCUCUCAAUCUUUCCGGAACUUGAUGCGGAGUGACUCCCGAGAGGUCCAUGUUGGUAAUGCGCUUCGACAUUUACUAGCAUGGGGCCCAAAGAUACGCUGCUAUAUAAGACAAGCUUUUCUUCGUCACAUCAAUGACAACGAAGGAUCAUCGAAUCUAGAACUUGCUAAGCAAGUCUUAUCAAAUUUCAACAUCAUGUUUUGGCUAGCGAUUAUGUGCGAUACAGCUGGCUCAGCACUCGACCAACGAGCCUUGACAGUCUCAGACCAGGAUGCUGAGAUACAAUUAUUUAACAGCGAAAGGUUCGACGCAGAUGGAGAAGCUGAUAACAAGGAUGAAGUUUUCAACCAGUCCAAGUUGGAAAUCAACGGAAAUACGGUAGCUCCUAAGCUAUGGGGACGGUUUUUGAUGCUCUCAAAUGAACCUUGUGAAAAUCCGUACUUGUAUCGAGGAGAUGACCUAGUCGAGUCCGCGAAGAGAAUCUUGCGAGAAGCAUCACCACUUAAGAUUUUACUGCUCCGCAAGGUUUGUCAGCUGCAGGCCUUGAUGAAAGAAAAAGCGUCUCCAGGGGCUAUUGAACAAUGUAUCAGUGAUGCUCUACAGGUCUGCACCUAUUGGAACAUGAGAUUCGGUGAAUUUUUCCAGAAUUCUAUCUCGCAGCACCGGAGCAUCCCCUUUAGCAUCCGCAGUUGGUAUGUUAUGCUGCUUGGACAUUGGUAUCUUGGCUAUUUGCAAGUUGCCAAUUGCAUAGAGCAGUGCGACAAGCAAUUGACCUGCACGACAAUACAGGCUCAGCUUCGACGAGCUUCUUCUCUUGUCCAACAGCUGCAGCGGGAAGGGGCAUUCACCAUCUCAACCCUCGCUCGUGUAUCGUGCGAGGAUGUCGAGAAUAACGUUUACGAUAAAAGCAAUCAAGUUUAUCACGAUGCAUGUAGGGAUAGCUCGAUGCUUACAGACCCAUGCGGGGAUUGUAUGUUUCUUGCUUUGUCAACGUCAUGCGACACAUUCUUCUCAUGGAUGCGUACCUUACAAUUACCCCCGGAUAGCUCACAGCCCGGCAACAUCUGGCUUCACCGUAAUAUCGACUUGCGCGAGGUGCUUGACAACUACGUUGUUUGUAUCCAGGCGUUGAAGCUGUUUGGGCGACAGUACGACGUUGCGAAGUUAACAGCAAAGUUCUUCGAGGAACGGAUUAACCUUUUAGGAAUGAAUGAUCUCACUAGUCACAGAAACUACAUACGUCGAAAUUUUGAUGCCAUUAGGGCGUGCUAAAAGAAGACGAACAAUCUCUAUUUGUCUCCGUGUACGGGGCAGGAGUCAAUGGAACCGGUCAGCAGAUGGAAUGGCUCAAUGUAGUGAAAAAAAUACGUCUGUCCAUUCGAUCCUAAAUCUUUAUGCAAAUAAAGUAGGGUAGGGAGUACAUGUCGUACUUUGUCCUCGUCGCUCUUGAAUGCGAUGAAGUACGUAGGGCGGAGCAGUCGGGCUUGUAUUUGACUUGGACAGAUACCGAAAAUGAAAGCCUGAUCAUUAUGCUG